UUGAAAAUGGAUUAGAUUUGCCUAGAUAUGUAUAUAUGCAUAAAAAGUUGAUGAAGCUGGAGCCUGACUUCGAGAGUUUGCUCUUUUGCCCGAACUGCAGAAACCUAUUGCACUUCAUGAAGGAAUGAUUUCAGGGUGACUUUGUUGAGUUCUGAAACAAUUUAAUUGGGAAACUUCAGUUGUUCGACAGUUUGUUCAUGGAGAAUUCAGGAGCUCCAGCACAACCAGCCCAAGGGAUGGCCUCGAAUUCCGCUGAUCACCAGGCACCUGAUCGGGGAGACAGGAAAGGAGGAGAGAUCGGGUCAGCUACUGAACCUAGACGACCAAGCCUUUCCUCUUUACAAACACCAGGGAUGUCGUCAGAGAAUGCAUUGCCUAGUUCCAGCUUGACAAGAGCAGCGUCAGCUGGGUUGCCUCCCAGGCCUAAUUCUACCAGGACCAAAUCGUCCAGCAUCAAGAAUCUGCAUCCACAGCGGAGCUUCAAGUCGAAGAAUUCAUCGAUCCGGGAGGGCGACAGGACAAUUCUCCUCAUUCCAGGGACACCAGCUUCAGAAGAACAGCAAGAUAAACCUUCCAUACUGUCAAGGCAGUUCUCCCUCAGCAAGGUCUUUUCUUCAGUCCCGAGCCUCUCAUCAAAAAGGACACAUUCUUUACCUUCCACGCCAAUUACAAAUAGCGGUGCAAACUCAGCACAUGUUGUCAACAUGCCUGAUCUCGAAAAACAACAAAGUCAGACACACAUCAAGCGCUCAUUUUCAGUACCGGGGAAUGUCAAAGGCAGGCGUUUGCAGAGAACAGGUUCUUUGGGUCUAUUUCGUGUAAUUUCAACUCCUCGAGCCAUCUUUCCUGACACUGCCACACAAAAUGCUUCCGUUGAAACAGUAGAUGCAAGUGAAGAUGAGGGUGAAGAUAUUCCUGAAGAUGAGGCAGUAUGCCGAAUAUGCCUAGUUGAGAUUGGGGAAGGAGGAGAAGCUCUGAAGAUGGAGUGCAGCUGCAAAGGGGAACUGGCUCUUGCCCACCAAGAAUGUGCAAUCAAAUGGUUUAGCAUAAAGGGGAACAAGACUUGCGAUGUCUGUGGACAGGAAGUCAAGAAUCUAUCUGUAACUCUUCUCAGGAUUCAAAAUCCACCGAUUGGUAACAGUCGGCUAGCAAGUGCUCUGCAGCAAGGAGAGACUGCUCGCUACAGGGUCUGGCAGGAUGUACCCGUUCUGGUGAUGGUCAGCAUGCUUGCUUAUUUCUGCUUCUUGGAGCAAUUACUAGUUACGGAUAUGGGUUCACGUGCUCUUGCUAUAUCAUUGCCCUUCUCCUGUGUUUUGGGCCUCCUUUCAUCCAUGAUAGCUUCUACUAUGGCUAGCAAGAGUUACAUAUGGGCUUAUGCUUCCUUCCAAUUUGCAAUUGUAAUUCUAUUUGCUCAUAUCUUCUACAACGUGCUCAGAGUGGCCCCUGUGCUAUCAGUGCUACUAUCGUCAUUCACAGGGUUUGGGAUUGCAAUUAGUACGAACUCGCUGCUCGUAGAGUACUUGAGAUGGAGAAGCAGGCGAAAUUCGUCAUUAGCUCAACAAAAUAAUAGCGGUGGACGACAGCAGGAGGGCACUAACCAUCCUGGAACGCAAGACAGGGACGCCGCUGUGCUUGUUGAAGGUCGGAGCCACAACACCGCUGCUGCCUCCCCCCAGAAUGAAUGAACGAACGAACAUAUUGCUUAACUUUAUAUAAAGGUACUGUUGUUUUGCAUUGUUCGAAAGGGAUGAUAACCAGGGCCAAAGUGCGGCUGUAGCCAGCAUCAAACAAAAUUUUGACGACUGGUAUAUAUAUGGAGGAUGAAGAAGAAAAGAUAUGACUAGUUCUUUUGCUUUGCAUGCAAGAUUGAAGGAAAACUCCUUUGUUUUAUUUGAGAUGAUUGAAGGAAGUAUUUUUUCUGUUUCUUAUGUAUUGUGGACUUUGGUAUGCUCGACUGCACGCUGUAAUCCUUAAUUAAUUGAGUAUGCUUUCUCAAAAUCCACCCCCGCCUUCUCUCUGGUGUUCUUGGAGCAGUCAGAAUGUAUGUAUCAACGUGCAUGUUACAUGA